CUGGAAUGAUUUUCCACAAGGCUGUUAGGUGAUAGUCACACACACUUACAGGCUAAUUCAUUUCUCUGUGUUGCUCAGCUGCAUAAAACAACCUCUUAUCUCACAGUUUAUGAGCAUAUUAUUUAAAUAAUUGCAAGUGCUACUCAGUUGCCUGGAGUGGUGUGAAAGCUCUUUGUACAUGUGUGUAGCAGCAGAGAUAUGAUCCCAGAACAAGUUUAACUUCACAGGUAAAUCUUCAUGUGGCUUUUCAACAUAAACUAUACUGCUAGCAUUGAAGACAUACACCUUCUUUUAAAACCACAGUCUCUGUGGGAUGUCUUGUGGAUUCUUCCCACAACAGAUCAACAACUCUGAGUCCUUUUCUGACAAUUUAAAUGCCCUUUUUCCACGGCGAAAAAUCAUGAAAUAUUCCUGUAAAUCAAUUAAAUACUAUGCUCGGUGGAAUUGGGCUGCUACUACUACUUGGAGUGCUCAGUGUUUUAAUACUUAAAUUGUGGAUUAUUUUUAAGGAGUGGGGAAUGGAAUGAUGACAGUAAGAAAUUUACAAUUAUUCUUGCUGUGACCUAAUGUUAAAAAUGCUUUCAGAUAAUGGCUCUUCCCCUUAGUGACUACCAGUUAGGGUACUGAAAAUCACAGAAUUAAAUACAAAAUCUGAAUAACUUCUAAUGUGGGUUUGACUGGGAUCAUGUCAUGUAUCAGCAGAGGAACAAAUGCAGCUCUGACUUGCUGAUGUCAGAUGGCAGAACUCCAAAUGCUCAAUCCCUCCCAUCUGGGGUUUCCUUCAUCUUGUUCAUUUUAGUUUCUAGUGAGUCUAGCACUUGCUAGGAAAAAAAAAAUAAUGCCAGAUAGGACUUCUGCUGCUUAUUUGUGCUGCACAGGCUAUCCAAUGCUAAUGUUUUUCAAGUAAUUUUUAAUAAGGGAUGCAUGUUAUUAACAUUCCCGACCCUUAUGGCAUCUCUUUGGUAGCUGGAGCAGCUGGCAAGUGCUGUAAAGCUCUAUAAAAUGGUCUACAUAGUCAUGAUAGACCCUAUUGCAAAACCCUCCAUAGCUUCUGGAAAAUGCUGGCCUUGUCAGAAACCUCAGGGUGGAGCAGGUCUGGGAACAUAAAGGUUGAGCAGGUUAAUGAUUAAAACUGUAAGAAAAUGUUUGCACGAGUGUGACUGUACUUCUGCCUCUCAUUUCCUGGCUCUUAAGCCUGUCCUUAAAAAUAGCUCAGUUCAGACUGAGCCUCAGUCCAGGCCAUCCUAUGGUUGGCACGGGAUGUCCUUGUCUGUUUUCAGGCAGAUCAGCUCCAAGCAGUCUGGGCUGCAGUUCCCUGAAUCUCACAGUUGCACAGGGAAGGCCACACUCAGGUUCAGUGAGUCAGGUCUGUCCUUGUAAUGCAACAAGAAGCUGUUAACACAGGGCAGGCAGGAUGGAGUGUAACCUGUGUGUGUGAACUGUCAACAGCUCACACAGUCUUCUGCACCUCUCCACAGGCAGGUUUGGAGCAGGGCUCUGCCUUUCUUGCUGUAGCUUGUCCCAGUUUUUCUCUUUGGAUAACUGCCACUACAUUAUAAAUAGACCACACUGCUAGGGCCUAUAUUCUGCUAAACCACACAGAUCUGGGUGCUUUCAGAUAUAGCUGCUUUCUGAGUUCAAAGUCCUGCUUGCUGCCAAACCCAUUUUCUCUCCUUAGCAAAAGAAUUUCUGUCGCUGUGGUUGAUGCCAGAGGUAAAGCAACAGUCCUCAAAUGCACCUUCACCCAGAUUUAAUGUAGCUUUGCCUCUUUUCACAUUUCUAUCCUCAGAGCGACUUCAAUUAAACAGUUUCUCGCAUUUUGUGUUGAGAUCUGAGCUGCUGCUCUCCCAGGCAGGAUGAAAUGGCAGGAUUCAGUCCCUUUUCCAGGUCAUUACACCAGCAGCUCCUGGGAAGCUGGUUCAUUACAGGGAACAGUGCAGUGCUCCUGGCAUUUCACACAGUGAGAUCUGAGGCAAAUGGAAUACCCAGCAGUCCUGGUUUUAAAGAUAUCGACUUCACAGGAAGAGUUUAGCUGCAGUUUAUGAGCUCUGGAUGUUGUUGCAGCAUCAGCAGGGCCCUGCUUUGAUCCUUGGGCCGUUCCGAGGCUCCUCGUCCCCGCCGGAAUGGAGGUGUCGUAAGCAGGGAACAUGAUUAAAGAUAACAACGAAGUUGUUCCACUAAUGGGCAAGAAAACAAAUCCAUCAGGAAUUCCCCCUUCAAACCAGCAAGAGAAAAAGGUGACUGAAAGCACUCCCACGAAGAAAAGUUCCCACUUUUUCCUGGAGAUUGAUGGUUUUGAAAGCAAUGCCACUCCAAAUAACACAUCUCCCCCUGUGUUUUCAAAACCAAUGGAUUCAAAUAUUCGUCCCUGUGCUUCUGGAAAUGGGGAAGACAUGGAUUCCCCACAGUCUCUUCAGGAUGAUGCCACUGAGUAUAGUCCUAAUGUGGACAGUUGCUGUGCUAACAUAUCCCAAGGACCUGAGCAGACCAGUGCCAGGAAGAAGCUGAAGCGAUUCCUAUUCCGGGCAGUGUCGGAGGGGAACGUGGAGGAGCUGCAGUGUCUGCUCGGGGAGCUGAAGGAGCGAUCCAGGGCCUGCACAAACAUGACUGUGCCAGAUUAUCUGAUGAAAAAAUUCACAGCUUCAGAUACCGGCAAAACUUGUCUGAUGAAAGCUCUGCUGAACAUCAACGAGAACACAAAUGAGAUAGUGAAUAUGCUCCUGUCCUUUGCAGAAGAAAAUGGUAUUCUGGAGAGAUUUAUCAAUGCAGCUUACACAGAAGAGGCAUAUAAAGGCCAGACAGCUCUAAAUAUUGCCAUUGAGAGGAGACAGUACGAAAUAACCCAGAGCCUCAUAGAAAAAGGAGCUGAUGUCAAUGCUCAUGCCCAGGGUAUUUUCUUUAAUCCCAAACAUAAGCAUGAAGGCUUUUAUUUUGGUGAAACUGCCCUGGCAUUAGCUGCCUGUACCAACCAACCAGACAUAAUUCAACUGUUAAUGGACAAUGCCAGGACUAAUAUUUCUUCUCAGGAUUCCAGAGGAAACAAUAUCCUCCAUGCAUUAGUUACUGUGGCAGAGGACUCCAAAACUCAGAAUGAUUUUGUAAUCAGAAUGUAUGAUAUGAUAUUGUUGAAAAGUAAAGACAAAAAUUUGGAAACAACAAAGAAUAAGGAGGGUUUGACACCACUACAGUUGGCUGCAAAAACUGGGAAAUUAGAGAUUCUGAAAUACAUCCUGAGCAGAGAGAUCAGAGAGAAGCCGAACAGGAGCCUGUCAAGAAAAUUCACAGACUGGGCUUAUGGUCCUGUUCAGUCUUCUCUGUACGACCUGACAGAACUGGACACCACUGCAGACAACUCAGUGCUGGAAAUCAUUGUCUAUAACACAAAUAUUGGUAAUCGUCAUGAAAUGCUGACUUUGGAGCCUCUGAAUUCCCUCCUGAGAAUGAAAUGGAAGAAGUUUGCACGACACAUGUUUUUUAUGUCGUGCUGUUUUUAUUUCCUGUACAAUGUAACUUUAACAUUAGUUUCCUACCACAGGCCUAAUGAAAAUAAAGCUCCACCUUAUCCACUUGCUCUGACACGUGGAGUGGGAUGGCUGCAGUUGUCAGGACAGGUGAUGGUUAUGUUAGGAGCAAUAUUUUUAGCUAUUAAAGAGAGUGUAGCCAUCUUUCUGCUCAGGCCCUCAGACCUGCAGUCAAUUCUCUCUGAUGCCUGGUUCCACUUUGCAUUUUUUAUACAAGCUUUGCUUGUGAUCUUCUCUGUCUUUUUGUACUUGUUUUCCUACAAAGAACACCUCGUGUGUCUUGUUUUGGCAAUGGCCCUUGGAUGGGCCAAUAUGCUCUAUUUCACCAGAGGUUUCCAGUCCAUGGGCAUUUACAGUGUGAUGAUUCAAAAGGUCAUCCUGCAAGAUGUGAUAAAAUUCUUAGUUGUCUAUAUCGUGUUUUUGCUGGGAUUUGGCGUAGCUCUUGCUGCCUUGAUUGAGACCUGCCACGAGGGCGGCGAAUGCCAUUCCAACAGCAGCCUGGGACCUGUGCUGAUGGAUCUCUUCAAGCUCACCCUGGGACUGGGGGAUCUGGAGAUCCAGCAAAACUCCAAGUAUCCUGUCCUGUUUCUUCUGCUCCUCAUCACUUUUGUUGUGUUGACUUUUGUUCUCCUCUUGAACAUGCUGAUUGCGUUGAUGGGAGAAACAGUGGAGGAUAUUUCUAAAGAGAGCGAGCACAUCUGGAAACUCCAGAGAGCCAGAACUAUUUUGGAAUUUGAAAAAUUCUUGCCAAAAUGUUUGAGGAAAAAAUUCCAACUGGGGGAGCGGUGUAAAGUGGCUGAAAACGACACCAGGGUGUGUUUAAGGAUUAAUGAAGUGAAAUGGACCGAGUGGAAAACACAUGUUUCAUUUAUUAAUGAAGAUCCAGGGCCAACAGAUCCAAGCAAAAUUCAAGAUAAUUCAAGAACUAAUAGCAAAAACACCUUGAAUACGUUUGAAGAAAUGGAUGAUUUGCCUGAAACUUCCGUUUAGCUUGUGCUGUAUUUGAUAUGUGGCUGUUCUGAAGGUUAAAAAGCAUCAGCAGUGGAUGCUGAAAGCUUUGUGGAUGUUUUGGACAGCUGUAACCAGCUGAAACACGAACUUUCAGUGACACAGUCUGAUGGCUUGAACCCAUUUAAUCAGGGCAGCUGAGCUGAAAUAAAAUGGACUAUUCACUGGUUCAGUUUUGAGCCUCUCAAACCGUUGCUGUCCAAGUUUGUGACGCUACUCAAACUUGGCUCUAGAUGUUUAACUGGAUAAAAAAGGUCAAAUGUGAGAUAUUUCUUCCUUUUGUGGAAAAUUAAGGUCAUCGUGAUCCCAAUCUGCUGGUUUUUUGGAAUCUCUAACUCAUGAGAAACUCAUUUUGUACUCUGAACAAAGUUAAGUUCUUGACAUGGAGCAAAGAAAAGCAUUUCAGUUCUGAAGACGACUAAAUGAAGUAUGUUAUUUUGAAAUAACCAAGUUCUGGAUGCAUUUGCAGCUUUUGCAUUGACUGUCAGUGUUAUUGGAGGCUCAGUCCCACAAGUUGGAGAAGCCUCUUCAGGUCCCAGUAGCUUUGCCUGAUCUGUUUUCCUCUGUGCAGUCCCCAGGGUAUAAUGUGGUGUUUACUGCUCUUUAUUUAUUACUAAGUGUUUGUGUCUCCCCAUAAAAUAAUAGGGCAGAAAUAUCACUCAUGAUGGAGGAUAUUUCUGACUUUGUCCCACUCAUGUUGUCUUUACUUUUCCUCCUUGGCUUUUCCAUGCUGUUGCAUCUUGCUGCAUAAAAUAAGUUAUUGCCUUGGAAGUUCUUCUGAAUUCAUUUCUGCAUUCAACCACUUCAGGAGAAUAAGUCAGUAUUUCUUCCCAAAAUGAACAGAAUAAGUUCAGUGCAAUGCAAUUGCAGACUUGUUUUUAUUCAGAGAACUAUGUAAUGCAUUUCUGUGGCACUUUUUAUUUCACCACCUGUGAUGACCUAGUACUAUGAAUUAUAUUUUUAGUUUUCUAUUUCAUGUGUAAACAUAAAAAGAAAUAUUUGUUCUAUGUACUUUUAAAUUUCAAUUAAUACAUGAUGUGUAUUCAGUGUCAUGGCUUUUCAUCAGAUCUGUUCACGUGGUGCCUGUUUUAAAGGUGCUGUUUUAGGCAAGGCUCGGGGGAACUCAGUUCUGUCUUUGAAUGAUAAUAAGAAUUGCAUUGGAUUUUACAGCCAAGCCUGCUGUGGGCAAAAUGAUCCCAAGGACUUUCUUACCCCAGAAGAGAGCGUGAGGGAAGGACAGCACAGAGCUGUUUGCAGGGAUUGGGAACGUGGCUCUCACUGCCCAACCAGCCUCCUACAGAUGCUGAAUCCUGUGUUUCCUACCACGGAUGGAUGGGAUCCAGUGGAAACCUUCAGUUAUGUUUGUACAGGGCAGAGGAAUUUGAGGGGAAGGACCUUCACAGACCAUAUAAUACCUGACCAUUGUUUGCCUUUCUUAGUAGGAAAUGGGAGUAUGAGAAGAAAAAUUCCUGUGGUCUUGGAAUCUUUCAUCUUUGCUGGUUAAUUCUGCAUCGAAACUGCCAACGAAGGAUUUUGCCUUAGGACUCCACAGUUCUGUUUGGAUCCUUUUCAGUGCCAGUUCUUGUACAAAGGAAAAAAAAAAUACCUCUUCACACAUACUCAGGAGCCAGAGAGACCCGUGUUUCUGUGGGUUGUCACUGAACACAGGCUGAGGAGGAUGUGCUGUGCCAGUGUCCAGGUACAAAACCGAAUGGACAAACUGAGGAAGGAGCUGAGGGGCUGUUUCUAAAAGUUCUUACUGAGGAAAUACCCUCCUUGUGUGGCCCCAGAGCUCUGGCAGAUCACACAGACUGGCUCCUGUCUCGAGGCUCUCACCAAGGACACUGUGAAUGAUGACUGGAGCAGGUGGUUCUGUGCUUUUUAUACAAAAAUGUUUAUUUAAAUUAAAGAAAUAAAACUUGUAACUCAAUAAA